UGUUUUCCUCACUCAACUGCUCAAUGACUCAUCUAUAAUUAGCGUGAGACGACGCACUCGGCAGCGGACCGGAAACUCAUCCCCACUCUCCAACCUUGAACUCCCCUUCAACUCGUCUCGCUGGCCAAGACAACCUCGCGUCGAGUGAACUAUGGCGGAUCCUUCCCCCGUCCCUUCGGGCUAUGAUAGCGAGUUUGUGAUCGCCGUGGCAGAGGAGUACACUUGCCGUAUCUGUCAUCUUCCUUUGCGAGUUCCUGUGCAGACAAAGUGCGGGCAUCGGUUUUGCAAAGAGUGUCUCGAUGAAGCGAGCAGGAGGAAAUCCCGAGCCGAAUGUCCUAUGGAUAGGGAGCCUCUGGAUUUGAAAAAGGAUGUCUUCCUGGACAAGGCCGCGGAGCGCACCAUCCUCUCCUUCCUGGUCAAGUGCCCUUGCAAAGGCUGCAAGUGGGAGGCGGAGCUACGCGAUCUGGAAGCCCAUGCACGGAACUGUGACUACAAGCUGGUGACUUGCUCAAACCCCAUGUGUUCUGCACAGCUUCCGCGCAUGGAUGUUGAUGAGCAUCUGCUGGUUGAGUGUGACUGGCGGCUCAUUGUCUGUGAAUAUUGCGGCGAUGAGUCACCAUAUUGCUUACAAAAGGAUCAUUCAAACCAGUGUGACAAGUUCCCCGUCUUAUGCCCGAAUGACUGCGGCACGCAAAUAACACGUGAGAAGCUGCGUGAUCAUCAGAGCGAAGAGUGUCAGUUUGCCGUGGUUCCGUGCGCAUUCCGCGACUUUGGGUGCGAGGUUGAGAUCCAGAACAGACUAAUGGAUCAACACCUGGAUACCAACAUCCAAUCACACCUCAACAUGACGUGCAAUCAGCUCCUCUUGUCACGUGACGUCUGCGCCAGUCUUCAAACCGAGCUCACAGCCACUAAGGAAAAUCUCAGCUCUGCUAAGCAACAAGUAGCGGCGCUGACCAAAGAAUCGCAGAUUCUGCUUAAAGAGAAACUUGAAAUGACAAAGCAUAUGAAAGAGCUGACGAAGAAGAUGGACGUAUUGGAGUCACGUGUACGUCAAAACUCGGCCAAGGUCACUACGGUCCGAGGGGAGUCUGGGGCACAAUUUCACGAGCUUCAGCAGGGUCUGGGGCGAGUUAACGAAGUGUUGAAAAUGCGAUUCGUGUGGAGAAUUCCCGACUUUGCGGACUCUCUGAGACAGGCUAAGCUCGGCUUAAAAGUAAGAUUGGACAGUGAGCCAUUUUUUACGGAGAAAAACGGGUACAAACUACGCGCGACUCUUUACCCUAAUGGGACAAUGAGUGGGAAGAACACUCACAUCUCCGCCUUCGUGUCAAUCAACCGGGGGGAAUAUGACGGAAUAUUGGCGUGGCCCUUCACGAGGGUGAUUAAGAUAACACUACUUGACCAGAAGGAGAACGUGCUGCAAAGACGCAAUGUGGAACAGACAAUCAUCCCUAACCCUAGCCUGGAGAACUUCCACCGACCAAAGACUGUUAGCAAUAACGGCAGAGGGUCUGCUACGUUUGUAUCUCACGAGAAGCUUUGGACUGAGAACUAUGUGGUUGACGGGACACUUUUUAUGCAGGUCGAGGUUAGCUCUGGCUAGCCUCCUCUACAGGCGGGGCUAACUACGGUUAGGGAAGAAAAUCAACACAAGGCGAAAAUGGAAUGUUUCACGCUUCUGAGAAAAAACAGUACUCAAGCAUCAGUCCUUUGUCAGAGCAUUAGCCCUUUUCUCCAAUGAAUGGCUAACGCUCGAAGCGUCAGCGAAAAUAAGCUGUCCUCACAGAGGCGUUAAACAUACCAUUUCAACAAAUUUGGGCUUUCUGUGGCGGCGAAUCCAAGUGCCAAAAGAUGAGGGACUCGUCUCCAGUCCGCUCCUUGCCAAAGGAAUGGCGUUGUCUUGUGUCUAGCGUUGUAAGGGACUAUUAAGAGCACCGCGUUGCAUAGGUUCUGUUUAGUGUACGGCGUUGCUAGAGUCUAUCUAGUGCAUUUAGCCUCCUCCGCAGGCAACUCAUAAUGAAAAGGACGGAAAGAAUGGGUUACCUGUGGCGAAAUUGCGGAGGAGGAGGGAGACUAAGAGGAUGAAAGAAUGGGUUACCUGUGGCGAAAUUGCGGAGGAGGGAGACUAAGGAGAGGUAGAGAAAAAAUGCAGCGCUUCCGGUUUGUCACUUCCGUUUUUUUGCCACAGGAAACCCAAUCCUUUUUUUUCUUUUUCUGAAACCCAAUCCUUUCUUUUUCUUUUUUUUGAAACCCAAUCCUUUUUUUUUCUUUUUUCUGAAACCCAAUCCUUUCUUUUUCUUUUUCUGGUCUUUGAGAUGCCUGCGGAGGAGGCUAUAGUGCAUUGCUAGGUUAAUAAGAGAAACAUAUAUGAAAUAGAAAUACAAUAAAAGUAUUAAAAGCAUCGUACAUUUUGUCAAAUAAAAGUCAAAGAAUGAAA